GCGGCCGGGCUGCCCGCGGACCAAGCGAGCAUGCAGGACCACCGUGCGGCCGGGCGGGCGCCGCCGCCGCCGCCGCUCUUGCUGCUGCUGCAGCUGCUGCUGCUGUCGCGGGCCGCGGCGCUGCACCCGGACGAGCUCUUCCCCUACGGGGAGGCGCACGGGGACCAGCGGCUGCGGGAGGGCGACGACCAGAGCUCGGCCGCCGUGCAGCUGGCCGUCCCGCUGCGCUUCUACGACGCCCAGUUCCGCAGCCUCUACGUGGGCACCAACGGCAUCAUCUCCACCCAGGACUUCCCCAAGGAGACGCAGUACGUGGACAACGACCUGCCCACAGACUUCCCGGCCAUCGUCCCCUUCCUGGCCGACAUUGACACGAGCGGCGGCAGGGGCCGCGUCCUGUACCGCCAGGACUCCUCCCCGGCGGUGCUGGGCCUGGCCGCCCGCUACGUGCGUGCAGGCUUCCCGCACGCCGCGGCUUCCUUCACCCCCACGCAUGCCUUCGUGGCCACCUGGGACCAGGUGGGCGCCUACGAGGAGGUCGGACACAGGGCAGCGCCCUCGGAGGAGUUGAACACUUUCCAGGCUGUGUUGGCGUCUGAUGAGUCUGAUGCCUACGCCCUCUUUCUGUAUCCUGCCAAUGGCCUUCAGUUCUUUGGAACUCGCCCCAAAGAGUCUUACAACGUCCAGCUCCAGCUGCCGGCUCGGGUGGGCUUCUGCCGCGGGGAGGCCGAUGACCUCAAGAGAGAAGGAAAGUAUCUCAGCUUGACCCGCACCGAGCAGUCUGUGAAAAACCUCUACCAGUUGAGCAACGUGGGCAUUCCAGGCCUGUGGGCUUUUCACAUCGGCAGCGCCUCCUCGCUGGACAAUGUCCGCCCUGCAGCCGUGGGAGGAGCUCUGUCCGCUGCCCACUCAUCGGCUCCCCUGAAACAUCCCUUCAGCCACGCCGUGGCCCUGAAGGCCGACCACCCUGAGGACAGUCUGGAUUACUAUGAUGAAAAUGAAGAGGAGGUUGAAUACCCGCCAGCUGAGGCCGAGGCGGCCACCGUGGACAUCGCCUUCCACUCCAGCGCCGACUCGGGGCCUGAAGCAGGUGGACUCUCUCCCCCAGACUCUGAUCUGGCCUCUCCACUACCUCCUCCAGCGUCAAGUGAACAGCCAUCCCACCCACACUCGGAAUCCACCGCUGGGGAGCCUCCGAGCAAACAGGAAGCCCAGCUCCAGGAGGUACCAAGCCCGGAAUGGAGACCCGGAGCUCAGCCGCUGGGCCAGCCAGGGGCCGGGAGUGUGGUUGUGCCAGCAGUGGAUGGAGACUCGGUGGCUCCAGCCCAGGAGGCCCCCACGCGGCACCCCGAUGAUGCGGGGGCUCGUUACUCUGUCCCCAGCCUCUCGGGUGGCGGGCGCUCUGUGGCAGGAGUGGAAGAGGACAUCACUCCCAAUGCCAAGGUCUUCACAUACAACGCGGCCCCCAAGGAAACGUGCGAGCGCAACCACGGCCAGUGCUCGGCGCACGCCUUCUGCACGGACUACACCGCCGGCUUCUGCUGCCACUGCCAGUCCAGCUUCUUCGGAGACGGGAAGCACUGCCUGCCGGAAGGGGCGCCUCAUCGAGUCAACGGAAAAGUGAGCGGCCACCUGCGCGUGGGCCACACGCCCGUGCAUUUCACCGACGUGGACCUGCACGCGUACAUCGUGGGCAACGACGGCAGAGCGUACACGGCCAUCAGCCACAUCCCGCCGCCCGCGGCCCAGGCCCUGCUUCCCCUCACGCCCCUCGGAGGCCUCUUUGGCUGGCUCUUCGCUUUAGAAAAGCCAGGCUCGGAGAAUGGCUUCAGCCUCACAGGUGCCACGUUCGUGCAAGACACGGAAGUCACUUUCUACCCAGGACAGGAGAGGCUUCGCAUCAUUCAGACGGCCGAGGGCCUGGACCCCGAGAACUACCUGAGCAUGAAGAUCAACAUUCAAGGCCAGGUGCCUUACGUCCCAGCCAACUCCAUAGCCCACCUGGCUCCCUACAAGGAGAUCUACCAUCACUCCGACUCAGGUGUGACCUCCACAAGCUCCAGGGACUACUAUCUCACAUUUGGUACAGUCAACCAGACAGGCUCCUACCGCAUCCAUAAGAACAUCACUUACCAGGGGUGUAGGCACGCGCCGAGCCACCGCGCCGUCCCCGCCGCCCAGCAGCUGACCGUGGACCGGGUCUUUGCCUUGUACAAUGAAGAAGAAGGCGUGCUUAGAUUCGCCGUCACCAGUCAGAUUGGCCCUGUGGAAGUGACGGCCCCUCCUCCCAACCCCUGUGAGGAUGGCACUCAUACCUGUGCACCUGCUGAGCAGGCCCGGUGCAUCCCCCACGGAGACGGCACCUUCAGCUGCGCCUGCCUGCCCGGGUAUGCCGGCGAUGGGCACCAGUGUUCCGAUGUAGACGAAUGCUCCGAGAAGAGCUGUCACCCUGCAGCCACCUGCCAUAACACCCCUGGUUCCUUCUCCUGCCGCUGCCAACCUGGGUAUCUUGGGGACGGAAUCAAGUGCACACCUGGGCCCACUAAGAGGCCACGCACCAUGUGCGAGCGCUGGAAGGAAAGCCUGCUAGAGCACUACGGGGGCACCGCGCGGGACGACCAGUACGUGCCACAGUGCGACGACCUGGGCCGCUUCGUGCCCCUGCAGUGUCACGGGAAGAGCGACUUCUGCUGGUGUGUGGACAAAGACGGCCGAGAGGUGGUGGGCACCCGCACCCAGCCGGGCGUCACUCCCACGUGUCUCCCUGAGGCUGUUCCUUCCCCGAUUGGAGCCAUGCCCCGGCCUGAGGACCCUCCUCCUCUCGAGGGCAGCUUCCUGGUCUACGGCCAGAAGGAGCGCCUCGGCCAAUUGCCCCUCAAGGGCACCCAGCUUUUGAAGAAGCAGGACAAGACCCUGCGGUCGAUGAAAGGCUCCAUCAUUGUCGGGCUUGACUAUGACUGCCGGGAGAGGAAGGUGUACUGGACAGACGCCUACCAACGGGUGAUCGGCCGCAUUGGUGUGCAGCCAGGAGCAGAGCCCGAGGUCAUCAUCAGUUCAGGGCUCUUGAGACCCGAAGGACUUGCUGUCGACUUUAUCCACAGGACAAUGUACUGGACGGACAGUGGCCUGAAUCAGAUAGUUAGGAGCAACCUGGACGGCUCUGAGAAAACUGUCCUCUUCUACGUGGAUCUGGUGAAUCCCCGCGCCAUCACUGUGGAUCCAGUCGGCGGUAACUUGUACUGGACAGACUGGAACAGAGACGCUCCUAAAAUUGAAACAAGUUCUUUAGCUGGAACCGGUAGAAGAAUUCUGAUUGGCAACGACCUUGGAUUACCUAAUGGCUUAAACUUUGACCCUGUCACGGAAAGGCUCUGCUGGGUAGAUGCAGGAACCAGAAAACUGGAGUGUACACUACGUGAUGGAACUGGACGGCAGGUCAUUCACAGUAACCUCAACCAUCCCUUCAGCGUGAUCAGCUACAUCGACCACUUCUACUACACCGACUGGAGGAAGGACGCCAUCAUAUCGGUGGAUGCAUACGCUGGGGAGGUCACUGACGUGCAUCUCCCCAAGCAGCGCGAUCAUCUCUACGGGAUCACUGCCGUCUUCCCCUACUGCCCCUGAGGAGCAAAGUAAAUACUGCAACAGAGGAGGACUUGGGGAGUUUACAAACUGAAUCCUGACCCUAACGAACAUUUGCUGCAAAAAAAGAAAAAAAAAAGAAUUGGCGCGGUUACAAGUUCCUGGACAUACAAAUGAACAUUUUUACUGCAAAGACUAAGUAUAUUUUGUGAAAAGCUUAUACCUCAAUCUUUACUACUGUAUUUUUAAGAACAAAGGUCGUUACUGCAAGUUAAAAAAGGUAACAGAAUUGUUGCUUAGUAAAGCAGCUUUUUAUAAACAUUUAUAUAAUAUUUAAGAGGCCAAAUUCACUUGAAUUAGAGUUUAUAUCUGGUUUCUGCUAUACAGUCUUUCUGGCCAAGAAAUUAAAAGCACAUGUGAUCAGAAUAAAAAUAGUAUCGUAAAGAUCAUAAACCUUGAACAGAGAGGUUAUGCAUGGGAAGGACUCAGUUUCCCAACAAGUUAUGGUUUCUUACCUCUGCAUCCGUGCAUUUCUAUCAAAAGGUGCUACAACAAUUCAAUUAAGUGCCUCUGUUGACCCACCCGAGAGAGUGCUGCAUCUAUAAAUGCCAAAGAUGUAACAGUUCAUUUUCUAGAUUACUCCAAUAAAGCAUUCUAAAUUUG